UCACAAAGAGAGAGAGAGAGAGAGAGAGAGAGAGAGAGUGAGUGAAUGGGGCUGAACGAGAAGGGAAACGCGAAACUGCGAGAUGAUCAUCACACAGUGGAAAUCGAGCUCGGCCACGACGAAGAGCUCGUCAGAUCAGCAGGAGGAGGAGGAGGAGGAGGAGAGACGACCAGUCGGUUAUGCGAACUCUCUCUCUCCACGUCAGAUGGACACGCUCACCGCCCUCUGCGACACUUUCUUGCCCUCCAUCGCUCAGCCUUAUCAUCCUUUGGGUGGCGGUGGCGACGGCGACGAGGAGGUAGCCAAGUUCUAUCAAACGUCAGCUUCCAUGGCCGGAACGCCGGACAAGCUAGGGGGUCUCAUCAGUGAGAGGAUGAAACACCCGAAGCUAUGGCUGCUCCGCCUCACCUUGUGGCUCCUCUCGACGUGCGUCGGAACCUUCAUCUUGUGCGGCCGAGAAUGCUUCUCAAGCCCCCGCUUCCCAUACGUGCAGAGAUUCUCCGAGAUCCCACAGCGGCGGAGGGAGGAGGUCGUGCGGCGGUGGUCUCGCAGCGUCUUCCCUCAGCUCCGGAUGUUCGCGCGAGCCAUCAAGUUUCUGACCCUCCUCGUCUUCUUCACUCAGGUCGACGAGACGGAUCGCAACCUUUCCUGGAAAGCGAUUGGCUAUGUCGGACCAGAUCCAGAGUUCGAAAACUCCAAGAAAUUAAAGCGUUUGUCUUGCCAAAUCUCAGCUGAUGAACAGCAAGACCAAGAACAAGCGACAGCCAAGAAUGGUUAUGAAGAUGAAGCCGUCUUCGGACCUCUUCAUCGAGGUCUUGUCCACAUGGUGCACCCACGAGAUAACGUUGCGAAAAGUCUCCAGCAGUUCGGGUUCCCUGUUCUCGUUGUCCCUCCGGAUUAUAACGUACGGAAGCAUUGUUUCCCAUCUUUGAGCAUCCAGUGCGACGCGGUGGUGAUUGGUUCAGGCGCAGGCGGGGGGGUCGUCGCUGGCGUGCUUGCAAAGGCGGGCCACAAGGUGCUUGUCCUGGAAAAGGGAAGCUACUGUGCCAGGAGCAACCUCUCCCUGCUCGAAGGGCCUACCAUGGAUCAAAUGUACCUCUCCGGCGGUCUCCUAGCAACCCAAGAUAUGAGCGCACUGGUACUCGCGGGGUCUACCGUUGGAGGGGGCUCGACAGUCAACUGGUCCGCCUCCAUCAGGACGCCGCAGCAUGUGAUGAAUGAGUGGUCGAGCAAGUAUGAUCUAGAGCUGUUCGACAGCAAGUUGUACCGGGAGGCGUUGGACGUCGUCUGCAAGAGAAUGGGAGUUCAGUCAGGUAUAGACGAAGAAGGGUUCAACAAUGCAGUGCUGCGAAAAGGGUGUAAUGAAUUGGGCUAUCCUGUGAGCACCAUUCCUAGGAACUCGCCUGCGGAUCACCACUGCGGUUGGUGUGGCUUGGGCUGCAAGGACGGGAAGAAAAAGGGUACCGCAGAGACAUGGUUGGUGGAUUUAGUGGAAUCCGGGAAUGGGGCGAUCCUCCCCGGAUGCGAAGCCAUCGAGGUCCUGCACACAAGGCGGAGCGGAAGAGAGAGGGACACAGCGACCGGGGUCGCGUUCGAGUUUGAGCAAAACGGGGUCAAGGUGGUCUGCGUCAUUGAGUCCAAGGUCACCAUCGUGGCGUGCGGGGCUCUUAGCACGCCAGCUUUGCUAAAGAGAAGCGGCCUCGUAAAUCCCACUAUCGGGAAGAACUUGCAUCUCCAUCCGGUGACGAUGGCGUGGGGCUACUUCCCAGACGCAAAGACGGCAGAUCUAUGGCUGGAGAAGGAGAAGAAGAGCUACGAAGGAGGCAUAAUGACGGCAAUGUCCACGGUUGUCGGAAAUUUCGAAAAGUCCGGGUAUGGUGCGGUGAUCCAGACCCCAGCUUUGCACCCGGGCAUGUUUUCGGCCUUAAUGCCCUGGACGUCCGGCCUAGACAUGAAGGAAAGGAUGACCAAGUUCUCAAGGACAGCCCACAUAUUCGCUCUCGCUAGGGAUAAAGGGUCGGGGACGAUUGCAUCGUCGAGCUCUAUAAGUUACAAGAUGGAAGACACGGACGAGCAGAAUCUGCAGAAGGGGCUCGAGAAGGUGCUGAGGAUACUGGCAGCAGCCGGGGCCGAAGAGAUUGGGACGCACCACAUGGGAGGGAAAACACUGAACGUGAAGCGAGUGAGCUACCGCGAGUUUGAGCGGUUCGUGAAGGAAGAGAGUGCGAGGCCGAUAAAGGGCCUGUCGACGCCGCUAUGCUCUGCCCACCAGAUGGGGAGCUGUCGGAUGGGGCCCGACCCGAGAAGCUCGGCGGUGAACCCAAUGGGCGAGACGUGGGAAGUGGAAGGGCUGUAUGUGGCCGACACCAGCGUUUUUCCGACGGCUCUGGGCGUGAAUCCAAUGGUCACCGUCCAGGCGAUCGCGUAUUGCACAGCACAAUCAGCCCUUGAAGCUCUCAGGAGGAAGAAGAGCAGACAGUGAUGGUAGUAUUCAUGUAUUCACAGAUCGCAUUCUUCUCUUUGUUCUCCUUGCUUUUCAGUUUCACCUCUUACUGCAGCAAAGCUUUUGGUCCCCACCA